AUGCAUUGGCUCAUACCACUACUCCCGGCCGCCGCAAUCUUCUGGCAACAGGCGGCCAGCGAUCCAAUGCCAAAAUAUAAUCCUCUCCCGCCUCUCCGCGAGCAAGCCCGCACCCAGGAUGCCUGGACCGACGAGCGCAAGGCGGGCAUCCCCGCUCUCCUCAAGAAACACGGCGUCGACGCCUGGCUGAUAAGCCAACGCGAGUACGCCGAAGAGACAGUCUUCUGGUCUCUCAAACCGGCAUCAACCUUCUCCGCCCGCCGCCGCACAACGUGCCUCUUCCUCGCCGAACCCCCCGCCUCCACCAACUCCUCUGAUAGCACCAUCCUACCACAGCAACCCGGGUGCAUCAUAGGCUGGACCGCAGACGUUUGGGCUACGCUCAAAUCCCAGCUCGAGGCCGCGGGCCCAGCCACCAUCGCCGUCAACGCGCACCCGGAAAUCGCCUUCGCCAGCGGCCUGCACGCGGGCGAGUACCAGGCCAUGGCCUCCGGGCUCGGCGGCGAGUGGACCUCGCGCAUGGUCGUCAAGCCCGAGAUCGCCGUCGAGUUCAUCUCGGCCCAGCCCGCUUCCAAGAUGCCGCGGUACAGGGAGAUCAUGGAGACGGCGUGGGCAAUGAUUGCCAAGGGUUUCAGCGAGGCGGUCGUCGUGCCGGGGAAGACGACGACGGGGGAUCUGGAGUGGUGGUUCCGGGAGGAGAUUCUGGCGCACAACUUCUCGACGUGGUUUCAGCCGAGCGUGAGCGUUGUCGAUGAGGCGCUGCCUUGGACUAUGAGGCUGGAGACGACUAUUGACGAGGGUGCGGGAGGGAGGAUCAUUCAGUAUGGGGACAUGCUUCAUGUUGAUUUUGGGUUGACUGCCAUGGGGCUGAACACGGAUACACAGCAUCUCGGAUACGUGCUUCGCCCUGACGAGACCGAUGUGCCUCAAGAUCUGAGGGACGGCUUGAAGAAGGGUAACAAGCUUCAGGAUAUCGUGAGGCGGAACAUUGCUGUUGGCAAGACGGGCAAUGAGAUGCUUAAGGCGUCGCUAGGAGAGAUGCACGCCGAGGGUAUCGAGGGACGGGUCUACUCGCACCCUAUCGGGGACUGGGGGCAUUCUGCUGGUCCUCUUAUCGGAAUGACCAACAUGCAAGAGUACGUUUCGGCGGCUGGCGAGCUGGCUGCUAUCCGCAGCAUGUGGUUCAGCGUGGAACUCCUCGUUGAGCAUUAUGUACCUUCAAGAAACACGACCCUCUGGUUUGCCCUGGAGGAGGAUGUGUACUGGGCUGGCGAGGAAGAGGGAUGGCAAUGGGUCUACGGCCGACAGGAAGAGUUCCACCUGGUGAGGGCGGCCAAGCAGCAACAGGCGUCGGAAGAGUUGUGA